UAGUUAUAUGUCAAUGAAAAGUUGUCAUUAUUCAUUCGGCAGCAGUCCACCUCAUGUGAAUAAAACAAUAAAUUCCUUUGAAAGUACUGCAUAAUUCGCACUAUACCUGAAUUAAAAACCUUAAGUUAUCUUCAAAAAUGGUUCGUGUAAUAACUCAAGAAACAUACGACGAGGUGGUGAAAGAAAACAUUGACGAAUUUGAUAUGACUCCGGACGAAGCUAUAAAAGAGGCGAUUGCCCAAUUUGAGGCACAGGGUGUGGAUCUUUCAAACAUAAUAAAGGAUUUGGCUCUCGGAUCGGGAGACAACCAUUUGGUGUCAGAAACAAUUUCAAAACUAAAGGACCUGUGUGCCACUAAGAAAUAUAAUUCUGAUGAAGUUUUAAAGGAAUUGGAUGUGUUGAAGUCAGAAUGUCAAAAAGACAUCGCCCAUAGAGUUCGAGCCGGCAAGGAGGGUGCAUACAAAGUGCUGUUAGACCUCCUUUACUCGCAGCAUAGCAAACUGUUUGAAGAGCUCGGAGACAGAGACACAAAAUUCAUGAUAAGUGUGCUGGAUGCAUUGUCAGCACUGAUGGAAAUGCAGCCUGAUUUGUUGGAUGCUAAAGGUGUUGAUUUGAUUAAGAAUAUUCUAGAUAACGUAGAAAACGAAGACAUAAUAAUAGCGACACUGAAAUGGACCACAAAUUGCUGUAUCAAACACGAGAUGAACCGACAGAAACUUUUUGCUAAGAAUAUUGCUGAAAACCUUAAACUUUUGCUUAAAGUUACCGGGAAUACUAAACUUCUAAGUGAAACACUGCAAGUAAUAAGAAAGUUAACACUGGAUGAUGAUGUUAGGGUAGAGUUUGGUAAAGCACAUGAUCACGCUAAGGAGUUGGGCGCUCAAAUGUUGGAGCCACUUACUAAUUUGUUGAAAGAAAACACAAAACCCCCGCUAGUAUCAGAACUAAUGUUAACAAUAGCCAGUCUGUUGGUCCGCCACGAGCUAUGUAAGAUGGUGAGCGAUUGCGGCGUCUCAGUACUCUUCACUAUUCUCGCCGAUAACUACGAUAAUGUGGGCGUUGUACAACAGGCUGAUAAAUUAAUUACUGCUUUAGCGGGACAUGAUGACGUCAAGCGAGAUCUGGUCAAGAGCGGUAUCGUGCCAAUCACGGUGUUGAUUCUAAACAGGCAUGCGAACAACGCUACAGCGACAUCGCUAACACUAAAGUGUAUAGCGGCGCUGUGCCUGCGCGAGGCGCCGCACUCGCAGCAGUUCGUGGACGCCGCCGCGCCGCAAGCUAUCCUGCAGUGUAUGAAGCUACAUCCCGAUAGCGCUGCUGUACAGAAAAACGCCUGCUGGGCUAUCCGCAACAUGGUAGCGAGAUGUAAAGAACACAACGCGAAAUUUCACGAGCUGGGAGUCGAACCUCUACUCAACAGUGCUUACGAGAAGUUUGGAGACGACUUCGGCUUUGACAUAAAGUCGGCUUUAAGAGACUUGGAAUGCGAUGUCAAGUUGGACGAACAGUGGACCGGCAAAGGAGUGCAGUUGGAAUAUUGAUAGAGUAGCAUUUGGUUCGGGAGAAAAUUCUGGAAGGAUUUUUCGCGAGCAUAUCCUUACUAAUAUUAUAAAUGCGAGAGAAAGAGUAGGUACCCGCACACUAAAACUUAACAGUCCGUCGAAACUCGACCCGAUGGUUGAAAAAAAAAUAUUUCAAGAAAUAGAUUUUAGUCGGUUUGAUACCGGCUUAAUACCUAGGUCAUAGGUAUUAUCUUAAUACUGAUUUCUGAGCCCUAACUGUCGGCCGACCAAAAAUCUGUAGUUUGCGGAUACUUCAUAUUACUAUCUAACUCACGAGAAAACUGCUGGAGUGAUGUAAAUAAAAUUUGGUAGUCUGAGGUCUACUUUUUACCCGAUUACGGGAAUUGAAUCCCUCGGAACCUAGCUUCUAUACACAUACCACAACAUGCCUUAUUUAGAAGCUAGUUUUAUAAUUAUGCGUUAAAGAAAAUUGAAUUGUUUAUUCCAAUGAAAAGUGAAUUAUGUUUUUUGAAAGUCAAGUUCGUGUAACUAUUGGGUAAAAUUGGCGAUUAUUUUGUUUUUCUAUACAUUCCCGAAUUAUUUAAUAGCUUUUGUCAUUUGUAUAUUUUUAAACAGUUUAAUAACCAGGUAUUAUUGUACUAAAGUAAAUUGUAUUUAGGUUGUGAUAGAUUUGUAUUUUUUGUAUUUCUAACGCCAUUAACACACAGAGCUUCAAAAUAAAACAGCUAAUUAUUAAAAAAUAAUUAUUUAUUAUUACGAUAACAUUAUCACUGAAAUACGCAAUGUAUUUGGAUACUGAAUAAAAAACUUAAUUAUCGUAUAAAA